UUGUUUUCAAAUAAGAAUGUUUUGAGUGCCAUGUCUAAAACAGCAAACACUAUAGAAGAUGAUGAGGCUUGGGAAGAUCUCAAUUUAGAUGACUCGGCCCUACAGAGUCUGUUGGACAAUCCUUUAGAUUCGCCAGACACCUCACGGCUGCGUGAUGGUGAACAGCAUGUGGGAUUUGACAAUACCAUGGGCGAGUCCUGGAUAUAUCCCAACAAUUUGCCAAGUCGUUCCUAUCAAAUGAGUAUAGUGCAGAAAGCUUUGUAUCACAAUACCUUGGUGGUAUUGCCCACAGGUUUAGGUAAAACGUUUAUAGCUGCUGUGGUCAUGUACAACAUCUAUAGAUGGUAUCCUCGAGGAAAAAUUAUAUUUAUGGCGCCCACUAGGCCUUUGGUGAAUCAACAAAUUGAGGCUUGUCAAAAAAUCAUGCCAUUUCCCAAUAGAGACACAGUUGAAUUGACAGGAAAAUUGCCUAGGGCGAAGCGUACUGAAAUGUGGAAAACCAAAAGGGUAUUCUUUGCCACACCUCAAGUGGUGCAGUCGGAUAUAUUUGGUGGCCGCCCUCAAGCAGGGGAGAGUAUAGACGAAGCUUCUUACCAAGAUGGCGAGCAAGUAAAUAACACGGAUUUUCCUUUUGAUUUAGUAAAACUCAUUGUAAUCGAUGAAGCCCAUAAGGCCAAAGGCAAAUAUGCCUACACAGAAGUUACCCAGGCCAUAGCUAGAAAUACAAAAUAUUUCCGCGUUUUAGCCUUGUCUGCCACUCCCGGCCGCACUUUGGAUGAUGUGGCGGAUGUCUGUCGUAAUCUUUUUAUAUCACAUUUAGAAGUACGCUGGGAUACUUCUAUCGAUGUAUUGCCCUAUAUACACAAAAGAACCAUGGAUACCAUUGUGGUUACAAUGGGUGACAAAAUCAAAGAAAUUCGCGAACAACUUUUACUUAUUGUGGAUCCUUAUUUGAGGCAGUUAACCGAAGCUGAGGUUUUAUCGGGCUCUUUAACAAAUAUUAAUCGUAAUUUCCUUUUAUAUGAACAAAAACGUUUUCGUGAUCGUUCCUUCCAUGCGGGUCGUCAUCCGCAACAUUCCGCCAUUGCCAGUAAUUUUGCCAUAUGCAUUAGUUUAUAUCAUGCUCUAGAGUUGUUGGAACGUCAUGGCUUAAGGGUAUUUCUAAAUAAUUUCGAAGAAGAUGAAGAGGGCAAAGGUAAAUUUGUUUUGCAAAUGGAUCGUCGUCUAAGUGAGCUGGUGGAGAGAGUUAAAAAACAAAUGGGUCCCAAUCCAUUUGAGUUUUCGGCCGCCCCUAUGACAAAUGGUAAAAUUGCAGAGAUACCAAAGGAUUUAGAUUUCGGUCAUCCAAAAUUUGAGAAGACUCGAGAGUGUUUGUUGAGACAUUUUGAGAAUAAUGAAGAUUCUCGCGCCAUAGUUUUUUGUGAAUAUCGCGAAUCGGUUAUGUUGAUCUAUCGCAUGUUACUACAACAUGUACCUCUUCUAAAGCCAAGAUGUUUUGUGGGACAAGGCGGCAGUAGCGGCGCGCUUAGAGCCUUAACCCAGAAACAACAAAUACAAAUAAUGAAUGAUUUUCGUUCGGGUAAAAGUAACAUACUAAUUGCCACCUCAAUAGGCGAAGAAGGCAUUGAUGUGGGUGAAGUAGAAUUAAUAGUAUGCUUCGAUAUAAGCACUUCCAAUCCCACCAGGUUUGUGCAGCGUAUUGGUCGUACGGGACGUAAGAAAAAUGGUCAUGUUAUAAUGAUGGUUACGGAAGGCAGAGAACAGCAAUUGAUGCGUGAGGUAUUGGCCAAUAAGGAUCAAAUCAAUAAAAAGCUUUUACGUUCAACUGUAGUACAGCAGUCUUUGUAUAAACAUGCGCCACGCUUAGUGCCCACGGAAUUUAAACCCAAAUGUAUACAAACUUAUGUAAAACCGCCCUCAGAUGAUGAAGAACUGUCCAGUCCCAAGAUGAAAAAGCUAAAGAACAGUAAACUUAAGACUCCCGAGAAGGGUGCUCAGGAUUUGCGUAAGUUUUUCCAAAAGAAACCCAAAGAACUUGAUAAAGAAGAUAUGGAAUUUUUUGAAAAUGAAGAGAACAUGUCACAGCUUAAGCCGGGUGUACAAACGCAACAAAGAAUUGUCAAUAAAUUGGAUAAAAUGAAAAAUCUGUUUAAAGAUUUACAAACGCCUAUGGCAACACAGACGCAAAAAGCUCCUACAAACUCUCAUACCAAGUUAAACAACAGUCAGGGUUCUAUUAAAGAUUUCUUUAAACAACCUAAUGGAGCAAACAAAACUACGGAGAAUUCAAGUCAAACAUUAAAUGGUAGUCAGGCUUCUGUUAAAGACUUAAAUGAAUCCACUAUAGAUUUAUGUGAUGAAGACAUGGAUAAAGAUCAUACAGAUGUUGUGAAUGCUAAUAAACCCUUUAUCGAACAAAUAGACCCCGAACGUCGGCGUAAUUUGGAGAAAUUUCUUAAUAUGACUUGUACCACACCGGAGGUUUUAAAAAGAGCUGAAAUUAAUGAUUUGGGUUAUCAUUUGAAAUCGAAAGAAUUGUCCAGGGAAAUGAAAACUCUAUUCCUUACGCGGAAACCUGAAUAUAUCAAAGAAAAUCUUGAACAAAUGCAGGUUUUAAAGGCUUUAUAUGAUAAUGAUGACAAUUCCUGCUUUAGCGAGGAAGAAAAAUCUAUAAGAGAAAUCAAUACCAUAAUUUUAGAUCUCUUUGGGGGUUUGGACAAAGUGGAAGAAUUUCUGAAAGAUUUGGAAGCCGAGAAGUUUAAGCAGAAAUGUUUAGACAGCGACACGGAGUCUGAGGAAGAAGAUCCAGAGGAUAUGGAUAAAUUUCAAAAGAAUUUAGACAGUAUUUUAGAGGGCCUGGGUGAUGGCAAGCGGCAUGAUAAUUAUGACUGGAUUCAGCAGCGUCUUAAAGAAACUAGAUACUAUAAGGACUUAACGAGAACUAAAACACCAAACGAUGUACAGGAGUCCAUGGUCUAUGAAACUAUUGCAGAGCCAGAACAUGAAAACUCAAUGAACAACUUUGAUGAUUACUCCAUAACGGAGUCGAAAUAUAGCAGCCAAUGGCAAGAGUUUAAUAAAAAAGAUAUAGCAUUCAAAUCUACGCCUCUACAAGGACCUCUAAGCAGGCCUCCCAAGAGAGGGGAAAACGUUAGAAAGACUUCCUUGUUAAGUAAACUGGAGGAGACUAAAGAAGAGCAAGAAACAACUGAAGAUAAAAAUGAUAUGCCAAAUACUAGUGCCAAUUCCAAACAAAUACAAAAUGCUUUAGAAAUGUUAGCAGACAAAUUAAUGGUACAUUCUUUAAAUGAAACGGUAACGGAUGAAUUAGAUGAAUUGGAAACCAUAUAUAAAACAAAUAGACAAGCUUAUGAAAAGCGCCUGAAACAGCAAAAUGAAGCGAAAUUAUCUUCAACUAAAAAUUCCUUUAAAGAAAUGGACCAUCAAUCAGCUCAAGAUGACUUGGAUGAAUUGCAAAUUACCUUCAAUGCUAAAAGAAAUGAAUACGAAAAGCGCAAACUACAGACAGAGGCAAAGUUGUCAUCCACAACAAAUUUUGAAGAUCUGAAUAUACCCGAUGAAGAUGAUCUAAUAAUGGCCGCUGUUGAAGCUGAAUUGAAAUUUUCUCAAAAUCAAUCAAACGCUAGCAAAAAAGACUCUAGAUUAUCACUGCAGGAUCCAAAUAAAACACCUGAUUUACCUAAUUUAAUCAAUGAUAAGUUAGGUAAUAAUAAUGAAGACAAACUAACACCACCCUCCUUAAAUUCCACACCGGAUUUAGAUUUCAGUCAUAGUAAUAUAAUAAAACCUGAAAAACCGUUCUUAACCUCAAAACUGCCAAGGCCGCCAUCAGUUGCAUUGCGCCAAGAAUUAGAUUUAGAUAUGGAAGCAUUUAUGGAACCUUUUCCAGAAGAACAGGAACUAAUCAAAACUAAUCUGUCUGCUUUUAGACGAGAAAGUUUCAAGGAAAAUAUUACCGCCUCAACUAUAAUAAGGGAAUCUCCUGAUCUUUUUGCCGACGAACACACACGACCGCUCAUUAGAAAACCCAUAGUGCGUAAAAAAUCUUCUUUAGCCUCAACAUUAUCCUCUAAAAUAAACAUACAAAAGUGUCAAUCCUCUUUAAAUCCCACUAACUCUCUAAACUCUCCACAAAAGCCCUUAUUUAGCACACAAAACGCUGGCCAAUUGUUAAAAUCUCCUUCUGCACGUUUACCCACUGACAAGCAAAAAUAUGAAAAAUCUCCUAGUAUUUUUGAUAUGUAUAUGAAGAAUACCAAGGGCAAAGGCAAAGUACCUAAAUCUUUGGCCAAUACCUCAAAGUUAUCCGCAUCGGUGAGCAUGCCAAAUAAUGUUAGUGCAUCCGCAAAGGAUUCACCGAUUAUUGCAGCAUCACAGCAAAAUGAAAGUUUAAUUGUGAUUAGAAGUAGAAGUGGUAAAGCUUCAAAGCGAAAAAUAUUUGACAGCGAUUCGGACCAUGAGGCCGAUGUUGAGCAUGGUGUGAGUGUACUAAAGACUAGAGUAGCGGAAGAAGAUGAUGAUGAAAGUGACUUUGAAGAAGUUGCAGCUACACAAGGGAUUGACGAGAGUAGCAUCAUUCAGCAAAGAAAAAAACGUCGGCGUUUCAACUCCUUCAUAGACCAAGAAGCAGGCGUAAGCGGUUCCGAACAAAGUGAAGAUGAAGCUGAUCAUACUAUUGGUUGUUAUAUACACGACUCUGUUGUAGUGCCCAGUGAUGACGAGGAUCCCGAUCAAGCAUCUACCUCACAUAUGCAGGCUAUGUAUUUGCAAUCCCUAAAGAGUCCGCAACAAAGAAGAGGAACUUUUAAAAUACCCGCCCCACGUGUCUACAAUGAUCAUUCACGCAUAUUCUCUCAGGCUGUAUUACCCGAUGAUACCUAUUCCCAGUAUCUACCUGAUUCAUUUGUUGUCGAGGAAGAUGAUGCGGAUGUAACUGAAGUUUCUAUGUGUCCUUUGGAAAGGGCAGAAAAAAUACUAAAAGAAAGACGAAGGGCCAAAAAACUAGGACUUUUAGAACCAGAGAACUGUGUUAAAAAGAAAACUGGAAAUACAAAAAAGAGAAUUCAAAUAAUCAAUGAUAGUUCAGAUGAUGAUUUUGAAUAGUUAUUUGUAAUUAGUUAGUCUAAAAAUAUAUAUGUAUUGUAUUGUAGUAUGUUUAUUUUGUAACUUGAUUGUUUUAUAGUUUUAUUUUAAAUGCAAACUGUGCUAUACUUAAUAAUAUAUAUUUUGUUUCCUACUAUUAUAUGUAUGUAUAAGUUUUAAUUGUGCGAUAUUUUUUUACUAUAGCAAAUUGCUAAUUUUUAAUGCUUUCGGUAUGUUAGUAUUAUAUGAAUAAUAAAAAUAUUUUUGGAACUUGAA